AUGGGUGCUUUUCUUUCUCUUUUCAAAGGUGCAAAUUUGACCCAAUCAAGAAUUUUAAUAUUAGGUUUGGAUAAUAGUGGUAAAACCAGUUUACUGAUAAAGAUGGGCCUGGUGACUAGUAGUAGUGAUAAGAAAUCUUCAAAAUCCCAAACUGAUUUGGAUGAUGAUUUAACGGUGACGCCAACAAUUGGCUACAAUGUAAAGGAAUUUUCGUACAAAGGAGUUGUUUUUAAUUGUUGGGAUUUAGGAGGACAAAAGAACAUUAGAAGUCUUUGGAAACAUUAUUAUAAAGGAUCAAAUGGUAUUAUAUAUAUUGUAGAUAGCGCAGAUCAUAAUAGAUUAAAAGAAUCUAAACAAGAAUUAUUUCAUCUAUUGGAAGAUCCUGAUCUGAAGAAUGUUCCGGUUUUAAUUUUUGCUAACAAGAGAGACAAGGAAGGUGCUAUUUCUGCAACUGAAUUGAUUGCAAAAUUUGAAUUGGAAGACUCGUUACAGUUUGUUAAUGGAAAACAUGAUUGGUAUGUUGAAAGUGUGAGCACAGUCACAGGUGAAGGUAUUGAAAGUGGAUUGAAAUGGCUGGUCUCUAAACUGAAACAAAAACCAUCAAAAGAUAACUAGGAUGUAUUUUACUUGUACUUUAUUCAAUAAUAAUAUUCAAUACUCUCUUUAUUUAU